UGUGUAUAUGCGUUUGAAGACAGUGGUUCAGAAACUGAAAUUAUUAUAAUUUAAAUCUGCCGAAAUGUUAUCAGCGGGGGAAAGCAGUGCCCAAAAUUUUAAAAGAAAAAUUAAUCCAUUUAAUGUGGAAUGGGAAGAAAAGUAUUUAUGUCAGGAAAGCUCUGGUAGCAUACAAUGUCUGCUAUGUAAAAAACAUGUUCCGAUGAAAAAAUACAAUAUUCAAAGGCAUUAUGAAGCGCAACACGAAGAAUAUGAUAGGUAUACAGGUGAAUCCCGUACCAAUUUUUUUAUGAACUUAAAGUCGUUAGGCAACAUUAAAGCACAGGAGUGUUCUGUUGAUAGUAAUGGUGCAAUCUAUGUUAGCUAUGCAUUUGCACUUAAAAUGGUGUUAGGUAACCAUCCAUUUUCCCAUGGAGAUUUCAUUAAAGAAUGUAUUUUGGAAGCAGCUGGAACUUUAACUAAAGAACAUCUUCCAAAGUAUCAAAAAAUCUGCUUAUCGCGUCGAACCAUUGCACAAAGAGUACAGGAUAUGGCAAGUGAUAGUGAACGGCAGUUAAAGAACCGAAUUUCCACCUUUACUUCUGUAUCUUUGGCUCUAGACGAGAGUACGGAUGUAAACGAUAUUGCACAGUUGGCUGUGUUCAUUCGGGGCACAGAUAUUGAUUUCAAUAUCACAGAAGAGUUGCUGGACAUAAUACCUAUGAAAGGAACUACAACAGGAGAAGACAUUUUUAAUGCCGUUAUGAAUUGCGCUGUUGAUAAGGGCUUAGACUGGAGCAAAGUGCAUAGUGUGGCGACAGAUUGUGCUAAAUCAAUGACGGAUCACAAAAGCGGGUUUAUAGGCAGGCUUAGAAGCAAAUUUAGUCUAGAAAAGUAUAACGACUUCAUUGCGGUACAUUGCUUGGUACAUCAGGAAGCCCUAUGUGCUAAGUCGUUAGCUUUUGCACAUGUAAUGGAUGUUGUCGUUAAAUGUGUCAAUUUAGUGAGAUCUCAUGACCUCAAUCAUCGUCAGUUUAAAGAAUUUCUUGAAAGUAUGGAGUGUGAUUAUGGGGACAUACCAUAUUACACAGAAACACGAUGGUUAAGUCGUGGGAAAACACUUUCAAGAUUUUACGAUUUGAGGUUAUCAAUUUCGAACUUUCUGGUAAUGUUUUGUGUACAUCGUAAACGGAUAUAUAUAAUAUAAUGUUUUGAUUUUAUUCUAUAGGAAUUCAAAAACAAAUCAAUUGAAAUAUUGCACGACACAAAUUGGAUAGCGGAUUUAGCCUUUUUAGCUGAUAUUACGGAACAUCUUAAUGAUUUAAAUUUGAUAUUGCAAGGAAAGCAUAAUUUAAUUUUCGACAUGAGUGACGCAAUCAAAAGCUUUAAAAGGAAGCUUGAACUUUGGAAAGAGCAGUUGGCUGCAAGCAAUUUUUAUUUUUUUCCUCGUCUCAGGGCAUUAGGUGAAAAUCAAGCGCUGAACGUUGAAAAAUAUUGUUGUGAACUUUCAAAUUUAUUAGUUGAAUUCUGUGAAAGAUUUACAGUAUUAAACACACUUCAAGAAAGUUUUGACAUUUUCGUAGCACCUUUUACCUUCGAUGUUCGCAAUGCACCACAGGAGUUACAGCUUGAGCUAAUAGAUCUGCAGUGUUCUACUAUUUUAAAAAAUAAGUUUGCGCAAACUUCAGACAGAAUUACUUUUUAUAAAGAUCUUUGUGUAAAGAAAUAUCCUUGUUUGAAACUUUGUGCUUCGAAAAUUAUAUCUAUGUUUGGAAGCACCUACAUUUGUGAACAAUUUGUUUCAAUAAUGAAAUUAAACAAAAAUAAAAUAAGAAGUAGGUUAUCUGAUUUAAAUUUUAGUACAAUAAUGCGCGUAGCUACAGCAAAUGAGAUAAAACCAAACAUAGAAUUUAUCAUGUCAAAUAAACUAAAUUAAAUGUUGUUAUAAAGACAUAUUAAAAAAUUAUUACUCAAAAAAAAUAUUUAUUAUACUUUUU